AUGUUGAGUAAAUUCGAAUAUAUGCAAAACAUGUUUGAAUAUUCAUUAAAUUCAAAAUACCAGAGACGUAUUCCAUACUUUGCUGCAUUACAAACUUCUAGUUUCUCGAAAUCAUCUGUCAUUUGGACCCAAAAUCUAGUUGAGGAAAUGAUGGGUUUGUGGGAAGAUGGAUCUGAUAAAAAUGGAUGUUUUGAUACAGAACUUGUAGAAUGGAAUACAUAUUUCAAUGAAUUGUUGGCAGGACAAAACAGGAAACCCAAAAAAACUUUCAAGAAUGAUUUGCAUGAUGCAUCGAAAUUCUUUAAUAGCAUUAAAACUUUAAUUGUUGGAAUCUAUUUCUUCAUAAUCGUUCUGCCUUGGAUUCAAAAAUAUUUGCCAAUCUUGGGAAAUACAUCAAAAAGUCAUUUAGAGAAUCGUGACUGGUUAUUUAGCUUCGUUGAUGAGAUUAUUAAACAGAGAAGGAAAGAAAUUGAAUAUACCCCUCAAAAUGAGCCACUACGAUUUGACAUGUUAACCUCUAUGAUAACCGCUAAUACAGAUCGUGAUAUUUGUGAAAUUAAAAUGGUUGAUGAAGAACAUACACAACUUAUGAACGACCGUGGUGUUUUAUGGGAAACAUUUGUCGCUUGA